CCAAACCCAACCGGCAAACGCUGCAGCAUUCCCAGUUUCGCGCUCUUCUCUGCACGUUUCUCUUCCCGUGCCGAGAAAACCCGAGAAAAUAAAAGAAGAGGGAGUCGUCAUUUUCUAUUUCGAUUUCAGAUUUUCCCGGAAAAUCCAAGUACCGCCAAAACAAACAGUGCAGUACAGCACACAGCCGCUCCGCUCGUUCGCCUUCCUCUCCGCCGUACUUCUUCAGCCUCUCCGUCGUGGUCGAUCGCCAUGAACGUUCAUCCUUCUCCUCCUCCUUCUUCUUCUUGCUCUUCUUCCCCUUCGGCUUCGCAGUCCGUGCCGCUUCCCCGCUCCGUCGAGGACGCGAUCCGCGGAAUCUGCAUUGAUCAGAGCCAGCCUCCCCCGAACGAGUCGACCCGGAGGAAGCUCGCGUCGCUUGGCGAAGAGGCGGCGCUUCGGGUCCUGAGGUCGACCGCCGCGACGAAAAUCAAGUGGUCCAUCGACGGUUUCAUCUCCUGCAUCAUCGAAAAGGGCACCGGCGCCGGCUCUUGUCCCUCGCCGUCUCCGACGAAGAUCGCUCGCACGUCGUUGGAUGGUAAAAGUCCGGCCCGUUCGCCUGUGAAGAAUUCGCGCGACAAUGGAUUUGCAAGCUCUCUUGUGCGAGAUCAGCAGAUUGGAAGUCUGAGACUUCUUCCCAGUUUGCAAAAUGGGAAUGGACAGGCAGUUAGCCCCCACCUGAAGGCGCUGAGCGAAUUGGAGUUUAGAAAAGCAUUUCUCAUUCUAAACUACACUGGGGAAGGAAAUCUUGAAGAUGCCAUAGACAGCGAUAGGAUUCGACUGCUGAAAGAUCUCAGUAUGAUAGAAUUUGAGGAAGCGGUCUGGAAUGCCAUUGGACAGUUUCGUGUCAAGAAAGAUGACCGAUGUAAGCAUGUUGACUGGGAUUCUAGAGAGACACAUGUCUACCAUUGCAACAUUUCACCUCAAGGGUGUUAUCGUUUCAAAGGUCCUUACCUUGAUAAGAAGAAAACACUUUUACAAAAGGCACUAGGAGACGAGAAUGUUCUCCUUGUCAAGUUGGCAGAAGAGACGACGGAUAAAAGCAGCAGACCGAUUGGUUCUGCUGAUACUUUUACUAUAUAUAAAAAGAUUGCAAAGGAAGGGAUUCCUGUUGGUUUCCGUCGAUACAAGUUCUUUGUGUUUAAGGAUGGAGGCAAAGAAGAGAAAAAAAGAGACCCUACUACAUCCUCUGUAAAGUGUUACUUUGUUUGCAUGGAGUGCGAGGCACUUAAGGAAAAGAAAACAGUUCAUGAAGCAAGAUGCUUCUUCAUGCAUGCACAUACAGAGUCCAGCGUAUCCCGCUAUAUGAUACGGAUGUCUCUCAUUUUGUCCAAAACUGAAAGCUUGGAAGUUGACUGGGAUCGUGUGACGAUUGAGACAAUUAAGGAUGAGGAGUGCAAGGAUAAAGAGGGAAAUUCCAUCUAUGAUAAGAAGGGAAAGCCACUUAUACAUACUGAUGGAACUGGCUUUGUAUCUGAGGACAUAGCUUUGAGGUGUCCUGGAAAUACAUUCAAGGGAAGCUGCGCGAUUAUUCCUGCUUUUGAGCCUUUGCUGAUUCAGUUCCGUCUAUUCAAUGAUGGUAGAGCUGUCAAGGGUACUCUUCUGCGUAAUAAGCAACUCCCCCCUCAUACAAUUCAUAUUCGACCAUCCAUGAUCAAGGUUGAAAAGGAUCCUAAGCUUUCAGAUAUCAGGACAGUUGAUUCACUGGAAAUAGUAGCAACAAGCAAUAAACCAAGAACUGCAUAUCUUUCUAAGAUUUUGAUUGCACUCUUAAGCUAUGGAGGGGUCCCGAAUGAAUUUUUUUUGGACAUUCUGAAGAAUGCUUUGGGAGAUGCAAAGAGUGUGUUCUCUGGAAAACGAGCAGCUUUAAAAGUUUCGGUGAACCAUGGUGAUAUGGAUGGUUUCAAUGCGGCUAGAAUGAUCUUAUCUGGGAUUCCUCUGGACGAAUCAUACCUACAGGAUCAUCUAUCCACACUGAUGAAGAUGGAAAAGAAGAAUUUGAAAGGAGGAAGGAUUCCUAUUUCAGAUUCUUACUAUCUAAUGGGGACAGCCGAUCCCACAGGAAUUCUUAAAAGUGAAGAAGUUUGUAUCAUCCUUGACAGUGGACAAAUUUCAGGGACGGUAUUAGUAUACCGGAAUCCGGGUCUGCAUUUCGGAGACAUUCAUGUUUUGAAUGCUACAUAUGUGGAAGCUCUGGAAACAAAAGUUGGAAAUUCCAAGUAUGCCAUAUUUUUCCCUACUAGCAGACCACGCUCCUUGACCGAUGAAAUAGCUGGUGGGGAUUUGGAUGGGGAUAUGUAUUGGGUUUCACGGAACCCUCAGCUGUUGAAGUAUUUUAAACCGAGCCAGCCAUGGGUAUCAGCUUCUGCAGCACAAGACGUGAACUGCAAGAAGCCAAGCGACAUGUCUAUUGAGAAUUUGGAGGAUGAGUUAAUUGAUUUAUGGUUGAACAAGAGAUUUAACCCAAGUUACACAGUGGGUGCCGCUGCUGAUAGUUGGCAGGCACUGAUGGAUCGUCUUCUAACGCUUGGUUGUGAUGAAGAUGCUGAAAAACGCCGCGUGGAGAGAAAUCUUUCUCAGUUGGUUGACAUAUACUAUGAUGCCUUGGAUGCUCCUAAGAAUGGUGGAAAGAUUGAACUUCCCAAAUUUUUGAAGGCAGAAAGUUUCCCACAUUACAUGGAAAAGGAUGAAGCCUUUCGCUCCAAUUCUAUCCUCGGAUUGAUUUUUGAUACAGUAGAAUCAUACCUGGCAGAAAAUCAAACCGGCAAAGAGAUUUGGAAGAUUCCCUGUUUCGACGUGGAAAUCCCGAGAGACUGCCUAAUGGAGUGGGAAAGACGCUACACAGAAUAUAGAAGCGAGAUGGCAGCUGCUUUAGGGGGGGGAGGUGCAGAAGUCAAGAAGUACUCCGCAGAUGAUGUUAUAAAUAAAUAUAAACAGUUGCUGUAUGGUGCGCCAGAGUUUGAAGAGAGCCCGAGGAAGGAGGAAGAUAUUUUUAACGAGGCUCUCGCGAUCUACCACACUACAUACAACUAUGCAAUGCGAUGGAAUGACGUCAGAAAAUGCAGAUUCGCUUGGAAAGUGGCAGGUCCUGCGCUCUGCCGGCUUUAUGCCAUGAAGCAGGAGGAGAAGUCGAUCGUCUGCCUGCCCUCAGUUCUAAAGGAAAUCUUCGGUUGAAACUUGACAUCCGCGCUGUCCGGAUGUUUAAUCAGGUUUGUCAGUCGCCGCGUCGAUGGAGAAAAAGUUCCGGGAGAACCGUGGAUUGCAUGGUAUGUGCAAAGUAAGUUAUGGAAUUGGAAUUGUUCCAUGCAUCAUGUGAUUAGCGCCUUAAAGGUGCUCGAGGCAUGUACGUAUGUUUGUAUGUGUUACGAUAUUAGAUGUACUGCAGUUAAUCCGGGGGUCGAGUCCAUGUUCAAUGUCAUGCGACAGAACUCGGUUUGGCUUUAGCUUAAAUACAAUUGUUUAUAUCUUUGUUAUUUUUCUUAUCCUUUGGAAUC